AUGGCAGAUCUUCAUCAAAAUGAAAAAAAUUCUGGUGAAAAACCAACAGGUUUACAAGAAUUAAGGAAUCAACAAAUAGAUAACAAGGCCCCAGUGAAAUCAACAAAAAAAGAAACAGUACGGCGGCCUUUAUAUGAUCCAGAGAAAAAUAACGCAUCAAAAACAUCACAGGGUGACUCAAAAACAGCUAAUGCUAAUAUUAAGAAAACUAUUUCAGUUUUUGAACAAAUGUCAUUUACAAAAAUAACAAAUAAAAAUGUAGAAGAUAGAAACAAAAGAGUACGGGCCUCAGUAUGUCUCCCUAUUUCACCAGCACAAGAGACCAAGAAAGCAUCUUCUCCCAGUUCGGAGAAAAGAAUAAAUAUUACAAAAAAAAAGGCAUACAGCCCUACAAAUGAAGCUAAAACCCAAUUAAAAGAGAACAAAGAAGAAAAUAAUACAAAAAUGCAUGUUACUAAAGAAAUUUUGUUUUCAUGUGCAUCUUUGCAAAAAAAUGUUUUAGAUAAAAGUUCAGCAAAGCUUUCUACCAAAAAAUCAAUAGCGACACCAUCUUCUGUUGAGAAAAAAGAAAACAUAGAAAAAGAUGCUUUUGUGAAGACAUCAAAUGAUUCUAAUAAUAAAUUAUUAGACGAAAAACUUUUCGAAUCUCAAGGUGACGAAAAUAAUGCUUCUAAUGUAAAUGAUUCAUCGAGUAUUUAUGGCAAUUCGUUGGACUCAGAUUUAGUAUAUGAAGUGAAUGAUUUGAAGGAUCAACUAGCUGUUAUGAUGGAGGAAAAAUUAGAUAUAGAAAUGAUAUUUAAUGAAAAAUAUUCUAAAUUAGAAGAAAAGAAUAACGAAUUAGAAGAAAAAAGCAACAAAUUAGAAAAAAAGAAUGGUGAAUUGGAAAAUAAAAAUAACGAAUUGAAAGAAAAAAAUCAAGAUCAAGAAAAAAUUAUAAAUAUUCUAAAUAAACAAAUUGAAAGUUUAAAACUUUUAAUAUCUGAUCCAAAAGAUAAUGUCAAAUAUAUAGAAAAGAUUGAAUUUUUAAGCCAAAAAAUAGAGAAAUUAGAAUUUGAUUUGAAUGAAUUAAAUAUGCAUAAUCAAAUACUAUUAAAAGAAUUAGAUGCUAAUAAAAUAGAAAAUCAAAAAUCAACUAAAGUUUUAGAGAAUGAAAUUGAAAAAUCUAAAAAUAUUAUAAAAGAUUUGGAAGGAAAAUUAAAGGUUGAUAAUACAAAUAUAGUGGAUUCUGAUGAAUAUUUGCAGUCUAUUAAGUUAGAUUAUAUAAAAAAAGAAGAGAUUCUUAGAGAUAAGCUUAUUCAUGUAGAGCAAGUUAUGGAAAUAGAAAAGGCUAAAUCAACUGAAGAUAUUCAGAAAAUGAAAGAGGAAAUAAAAAUAUCAAAUUCUUUAAGAAAAAAAAUGGGAAUAGAUCUUUCUAAUGCAUUAACGAAGAAUAGCAAUUUAUCACAAGAAUUAGAUAUUUUUAAAAAUAGUCUUGAAACUAUUAGAAAUAAUUAUGAAAAAGCUUUAGAAAAAGAGUUUAAGGAAAAAAAUGAUAUCUAUUCAGAAAAUUUUCAAUAUAUUAGAAAAAUAAAUUCUAGACUCGAGGCUCUUACUGAUGAAUUAGAAAAUGAAAAAAGGAAAUUGCAUAAUAAAACAGUAGAAUACGAUAAAUUAUAUUUUGAAUUUUCUGAUUUAAAAUCUAAAUACACAGAUUUUCAAGAAAAAGUAUUUAUUAAAGAUCAACAAACAAUGAAACACAUUUCUAAAAUAAAAGAAGAACAUGAGUUGAUGUUAAAAUCAUUACUUAAAGAACAUAAUAUGAUUAUCGAAAAAUUAAAUAUACAAGAAGAUAUACUAUCUAAAUAUAUUGAUAUAAUAAAAGAAAAGGAUGAGAUUAUAAAACAAUGUAAACAAAAUCCUAAAAAUAUACAUUCCGAUUGUUUAGAAACCAAUGAUAUUCUUGAUAAAGUUAAAAAUAAAGAUAUGUUAAUAACUAAUUAA